AUGGACCGAUUUCUUAUUCCAGCAGGUGUUUUAUUCCUUCUAUUGUACACUGUAGAAAUUGACUGCAAAACUUACGAUGAGAUGGCAGAGUUUUAUAAGACUCUGUAUGAAAAUUAUGAACCGAAAUUACGACCAUUGAAGAACCAAAGCCAUCCUAUUGAAGUUUAUAUCGAUGUACGAUUACAUUCCAUUGUGUCAUAUGACGAACGAGCUGGAACGCUAACAUCUCUCAUACUGAAUUCACUGAGCUGGACAGACGAGGUGUUGAGAGACAAAUUUUCGGUAAAUAGUGUGGACUACAUUGAAGUCCCAAUAUCGAAAAUAUGGAGUCCAAAACAUUACAUCUUUAACACUGCCAUAGAAGACACGGUACUGAAAACUGGAGAAGUAAGACAUGAGGACUGUUAUCUCCAUCAGGAUGGGAAGAUUAUUUACGAAUACUUGGGACUAGCGGUUACAAAAUGUCCAGCAAAUAUUUUGAAAUACCCACUAGACAACCACUUGUGUAAUAUUACAUUUUUUGCAGUCGAGCCAAUAGAAAAAUUGAUUUUCUAUCCACACUAUGUGGUGAAUGGUGGCAACAACGGCUCUGCUAUGUUCGAAAACGAAGAAUGGAACACGUCUAACUUAACGUCAUUCUUCUCCGUUGAGCAUUCCCACUCUGUAUUCCAAUUUUAUAUCAAUAUAUCAAGGAAACCGAUGUAUAUACUGCUGAAUUUGACUGUGCCCUUAGUGUGUCUGUGUGUUCUGAACUCAUUUGUUUUCCUUUUACCUGAGUCGUCUGGAGAGAGGAUAUCCUAUUCGGUGACGAUUCUUUUGGCUCUUGUAUUGUAUCUAAACAUGAUCGCUGACCGCUUACCUAACAGUACACCGAUCAGUCUCAUCAAUAUCAACAUCAUCGCCCAGUUCACCAACAGCUGCUUCAUUGUCCUUUUCACAAUCCUUACACUGUGGAUGUACAACAAUCAACAAGAGAACAAGCCGGUUUCAAGACCCUGGGGCAUGUUUGUACAAAUCCUGUCCGGGGGAAUGUGCAAAAAACCUGUGAGGUCAAAAGUCGAACCAAAUCAGCUGAUGGAUGUCAAUGGGAAAAUUGAAGAAGAGGAUAAAACUGAUUUGCACAAUGAAUGUGAAUUCGAAGUUUCAAUCACGUGGGCAGAUGUUGUGCAUUUAACCAAUUGUGUAAUGUUUAGGGCCAACAUUUUGUUUUUCACAGCCGAGUUAGCAAUAUUUCUUACUUUGAUAUUGAAAUGA